UUCGACGCGUUUGGUCGUUAGCGCCCUCAAACCUCACGAGCUCUGCCCUUGGCUGACCCACGUGAGUCGGUCUAAGCUUCCUGCAACCGGCAAAUGAACCAAACGGGCUAAUUUAAAGAGAGAAACUGACUGAAAACCACGUGUAUUUAUCUCCGUACCGACAGCCUCGGACAUGUCGCGCGGCAGUACGUCACUGCUUUUUGUGCUGCAGCGGUGUGUCGCAGGCAGACAGGUGACGUUACGGACAGGUAUCACAACAAGAUGCCGCAGCAGCGUGUUGUCGGCCCGGUGCACCGCCACCCAGCAGCCGAUAUGGGCAUCGACCACCCGGGCAGUCUGUGAGCUGCAGUCCGCAGUGAGAAGCAGCCGGUACCGGUUCUGUACCAAGGCGACGCCGCCCUGUGAGGACGAGUAUCCGCCGCUGCCGACCUACAAGGUCGACCCCGCAGCGGAGGAGGAGAGGAAGAAGGAGGUGUUCAUCAUGCAGGUGAAGGGUCUGCCCUGGUCCUGCUCGGCUCAGGAGCUCCUCAGGUUCUUCUCAGAGUGCCGGAUCCGCGACGGCAUUAAGGGGAUCCACCUCACGGUGGACCGCACAGGGCGGCCGUCGGGCCAGGCCUUCAUCGAGCUGGAGCACGAGGAGGACGUCGGCAAAGCACUGGAGAAGCACCGGCAGUACCUCGGUCCGCGCUACGUGGAAGUGUACGAGGUGACGAACAGCGACGCGGAGAUGCUCCUGAAGAAAGCGGCGCAGGACCCGGUGGAGAGCGACGUGGUGCGUCUGCGGGGGCUCCCCUUCUCCUGCACCGACCACGACAUCGAGCACUUCUUCUCUGGUUUGGACAUCGUGGAGGACGGCAUCACCGUCGUCUUGGACCACAAAGCCAGGAACUCUGGCGAGGCCUUCGUGCAGUUCUCCUCCAACGAGGCGGCGGGCGAAGCUCUGCAGAGACACCGCGAGGUCAUCGGGAACAGAUACAUCGAGGUGUUCCCCAGCAGGAGGGACCAGGUCCACUCGGGCUGGAAGAAGAAGACGAGCGCCGCUCCUGCCUUCCUCGGCAUGCCGGUGGCUAACAGAACCGCCUCCGCCUCGCAGAAUAGAACCGGAUCCGCUCACAGCUCGGGGAUCCACUACAUCCACAUGAGAGGACUUCCCUUCCAGGUGUCCGGAGAAGACGUGGCUAAGUUCUUCUCUCCUCUCGCCGUGUCUAAGAUCCUGAUGGAGUUCGGCGCCGGGGGCCAGCCGACCGGCGAGGCUGACGUCUACUUCAGCUGCCACAAGGACGCCCUGACCGCCAUGUCCAGAGACCGCAUGUUCAUCGGCGAGCGAUACAUCGAGUUAUUCCUGAACUCCGAUGCAGAAUCCGACGAAACGUGGUGAACACACGGAAGCCACACACAACGAGAACGACCAGUUUGAAGUCCAAGUAAAUCGGUCGUGUACACAGAAAUAUUAAGAUAAUUAAACAUUUCCCUUUGUGGCCUCACACCUCACCUGUUCGUCCUCGUGCUGCGACCUGGAGGACCUUAGAAGGUGGAGAGGGGCAGGAAUUAAUAAAUAAACUAUAUUUGCUCGUA